AUGGAGAAGCAGAAGCCGUUCACGCUGUUCGUGCCACCCCGACUGAGCAGUCAGGUGUCGGCCGUGAAGCCGCAGACCCUGGGCGGGGAGUCCAGCUACUUCAAGACUUUUAACAAAUGUACAGAAGAUGACACUGGUUUUCCAUUUGCAAUUUCUAAUUUCUCAAAAAAUGGGGACAACAUUGAUUCAGAUCCUGCUUUACAAAAACAGAACUUUUUGCCCAUGAUUGAGCAGGUUGCUAAUUCUGGCAGUUGCCACUAUCAGGAAGGUCUAAAAGACUCUGAUUUUGAGAAUUCAGAGCCAAUGAGCAGACUAUAUUCAAGGCUAUAUAAAGAAGCAGAAAAAAUCAAAAAGUGGAAAGUGAGUAUAGAAGCUGAACUGAAGCAGAAAGAAAAUAAGGUGCAAGAAAGCAGAAAGAUAAUUGAAGCACAGCGAAAAGCCAUUCAAGAAUUGCAGUUUGAAAAUGAAAAAGUAAGUUUGAAAUUAGAAGAGGAAAUUCAAGAAAAUAAAGAUUUAAUAAAAGAGAAUAAUGCUACAAGGCAUUUAUGUAAUCUACUCAAAGAAACCUGUGCUAGAUCUGCAGAAAAGACAAAGAAAUAUGAAUAUGAACGAGAAGAAACCAGGCAAGUUUAUGUGGAUUUAAAUAAUAGCAUUGAGAAAAUGAUAAUAGCUUUUGAAGAACUUCGUGUGCAAGCAGAGAAUUCCAGACUUGAAAUACAUUUUAAGUUAAAGGAAGAAUAUGAAAAAACCCAACACCUUGAAGAAGAAUAUAGGAAAGAAGUAUCUGACAAGGAAAAUCAGGUAUCACUACUACUGAUACAAAGUACUGAGAAAGAAAAUAAAAUGAAAGAUUUAACAUUUCUGCUAGAGGAAUCCAGAAAUAACGUUACUCAAUUAGAGGAAAAGACAAAAUUACAGGAUGAAUAUUUAAAAGAAUUAAAUGAGAAGAAGAACCACUUGACAUCAGAAUUAGAAGAUAUUAAAAUGUCUUUGCAGAGAAAUGUGAGCACUGUAAAGGCUUUAGAGGAAGAUUUACAGAAAGCCACAAAAACAAUUGCUCAGCUCUCUGAAGAAAAAGAAGCUCAAAUGGAAGAAUUUAAUCAAGAAAAAGCUGCUCACUCAUUUGUAGUUAUUGAACUAAAAACUAGUAACUGCAACCUGGAGGAAUUAUUGAGAACAGAACAGCAAAGAUUGGAAGAAAAUGAAGAUCAAUUGAAAAUACUUACCAUGGAGCUUCAUAAGAAAUCAAGUGAACUGGAGGAGAUGACUAAAUUAAAAAAUAACAAAGAGGUUGAACUUGAAGAAUUAAAAAAAAUCUUGGCAGAAGACCAAAAACUUUUAGAUGAAAAGAAACAAGUUGAGAAGAUUGCUGAAGAAUUAAAAGGAAAAGAACAAGAGCUAACUGGCAAUUUAAAAACUAGAGAGAGAGAGAUACAUGAUUUGAAAGUACAAUUAGAAGCCACUGAAACAAGUGAACAGCAUUAUUCAAAACAGGUUAAAGAUCUGAAAACUGAACUUGAAAAAGAGCAACUUAAGAAUACUGAAUUAACUGCAAGCUACAAUAGACUUUCACUUGAGAACAAAGAGUUGACACAAGAAACAAGUGAUAUGGCCCUGGAAUUGAAGAGACAUCAAGAAGAUAUUAACAAUAGCAAAAGGCAAGAAGAUGUGAUGUUGAAACAAAUAGAAAAUCUGGAAGAAAAAGAAAUAAAAUUAAAGAAUGAACUGGAAUCUCUGAGAGUAGAGCUAAUACAGAAAGAAGAUGAAGUUAAAUGUAAAUUGGACAAGAGUGAAGAAAAUGCUAGAAGCAUUGAAUGUGAAGUUUUAAAGAAAGAUAAACAAAUUAAGAUGUUAGAAAACAAGUAUAAUAAUUUAAAGAAACAAGUUGAAAAUAAAAGCAAGCAUACUGAAGAACUGCAGCAGGAGAAUAAGGCUUUGAAAAAAAAGAGUGCAGCAGAAAGCAAGCAACUGAAUGUUUAUGAGAUAAAGGUCAGUAAAUUAGAGUUAGAACUAGAAAGUACCAAGCAAAAAUUUGAAGAAAUGACUGACACCUAUCAAAAAGAAAUUGAGGACAAAAAGAUAUCAGAAGAAAAUCUCUUGGAAGAGGUUGAGAAAGCCAAAGCAGCAGCUGAUGAGGCAGUAAAACUGCAGAAAGAAGUUGAUAUACGGUGUCAGCAUAAAAUAGCUGAAAUGGUGGCACUCAUGGAAAAGCACAAGCACCAGUAUGAUAAGAUUGUUGAAGAACGAGACUCAGAAUUAGGACUUUAUAAAAGUAGAGAACAAGAACAGUCAUCAAUGAAAGCUUCUUUGGAGACUGAACUAUCUAAUAUCAAGAGUGAACUUUCAUCCCUUAAGAAGCAACUUGAAAUAGAAAGGGAAGAAAAAGAAAGGCUAAGAAGAGUGGCAAAAGAUGAUACAACUACUCCAAAAGAUAAAAAAGAUAAGAAAAUACAGACAUGUUUACCAGACACACCUGAAACUGCUUGUUGGGAAUUUGAUUCUAAGGUAGCUUCUUCACAAAAUUUCUCAUCAGCUGACAAUGGCAAAGCCAAAGAAAAUAGAGACUAUCAGUUGGCAUCUACAAGAAGUUUUUUAUCUACAACAGUAGCAAAGGAAUAUAUUGUGAAAACACCAACUAAAAUAAAAAUACAGCAAAGAGAAAACAAUUAUAUACCUGUGGAAGGAAGUAAUAAAAAAAGAAAAACAAUCUUUGAAUUUGACAUUAAUUCAGAUAGUUCAGAACCUACUGAUCUAUUGAGCUUGGUUUCAGAUGAAGAGCUAUCAAGCAAACUUUACAGUAAUGAUAGUCCACCAACAUCUCAUCUUUUGGUCAAUGCGUCAAAACAGACUCCUAUAUCUCUGUCAACCUGUGCAUCUUUCCGGAAGUAUGGAGCUCUGAGAAAAACACGAGAGGACCGUUGGGCUACAAUUGCUAAACUGGAUAGAAGAAGAAAAUUAAAGGAAGCAGAAAAAUUAUUUGCUUAA